CACUAUUACUCCAUCCAUUUUAGUCUGGGUAGGAAAAGGUACAGCAUAAAGACUGAAAGAUUGCAAGCUCCUCCAGGGCCCUGACAUGUAAGGUAUCCCCACACAUCCCUUAGGUAGAGGCUUAAUAAAAGGUGAUUGAAAAGUAGACAAUCCAUAAGGCAGUUAAGCUUAGACGCUAAAAUUCGUUCCUACUACAGGCAUUUUUCCGUAACAAGAAGCCCGCCUUCUCUUCAUUGGCUCUCCUAGUCACGUGGAUAACGCAGUUUUCCACGGCCCCUUCCGAUGUCCCAGCCGCCUUUGCGCGCUUGUAAGCGGCUAGCUCCACCGAAUGCGGUUAUGGAGACUACGCCAGGCGUUGAGCCUUCCCCGCUGGAGGAGCGGCAGCACCUACAGCAGGAACUGAGUGACUUCGUGGAGACCUGCUACAAGACACUGGAGGAGGUGACAACUUCUCUAGGAUGGAGUCUCGACGAGCUGAAUCUCGGGGAAGGAGACAGUGAGGAUCAGAAUGAAACUGUGGUAUGUCCAUAUGAUUCAAAUCAUCACAUGCCAAAGUCAUCUUUGGUGAAGCACAUGGCAUCUUGUAGGCUCAGGAAACUGGAUUAUACAAAAGAAGAAGAGGCUGAAAUGUAUGAUUCUGCCUUUUUUUAUGGGAAUGCGAAGAUACCUGUAGUUCACCUUGAUAAGCAUUUACAGUUUCAAAUACUUAAACAAGCUAGGGCUUCAAGUGGAAGAGAUGGUGAUCUUUAUAGUCAAAGAAUUUAUUCUUCAGUACCUAUUGAAGUGCCUCAGAAUCACAAGCGUUUCAUCUGUGACCUGACCCAAGCCGAUCGUCAUGCCAUCUUUGAUUAUGUCCUUGAAGAGACAAAGAAACAGCGGUCCAGGUCUCAAAUCACUGAAAAUGACAGCGACCUUUUUGUAGACUUGGCUGCUAAAGUCAAUCAAGAUGAUAGUCAAAAGGGUCCAAAAUCUCAUCUUGAAAUCCUGGCCGAAAUGAGAGAUUAUAAAAGACGACGUCAGUCCUAUAGAGCAAAGAAUGUUCAUAUAACCAAAAAGUCCUAUACUGAGGUCAUUAGAGAUGUGAUCAGUGUGCACAUGGCAGAGCUCAGCAGCCAUUGGCAGGAGGAAGUAGAACAAGCAGAGGAUGAUGCUGAAAAUGCUUCUAGCUCAGCAAAAUCUUCAGGAAGAAAGGAGGAAAGGCGAUCGGCUUCAGUAGAUUCACGACAGUCUCUGGAAAGCCAUAAGGAUGCCGAUCACUCAAGACACAGAAGAGAUAGAAGUCGGAGCCCACGUAAACGAAAAAGAAGUAAGGAGAAGGAGAGAGAUAGGGACUUAAGAAGAAAGAGAGAUAGGGAUGAAGAAAGGCAUCAUGGCCAUAAAAGAAGAAAAUAGCAAAGCAAGAGUCAAGAAGAUAAAUGGAAGUAUUUAUGCAUAAUUGUUUAUUAAUGAUGUUUAUAUAAUAUAAACUAAUGAAGAUAGUUCAACUAUCUCAGCUACUCAAGGGACCAAGGAAUAUAAUGUACUUAUUUUUACAUUGUAAUUUCAUUUUGCUGGGACUAUGUGUAAUUAAAAUAUCUGUAAUGUUCAUAUUUUUUCCCAAUAAACAUUCAUUAAUAUCAAA